GCGAUAGGUGAGACUAGGCUUUCCGGAAGUGAUUCUCCGGAAGAAGCAUGGUUGCCCCCCAGAUUUGGCCGGGUUUGCACGCUGAGCUGCCGACGCUAUGCAGUCAGAUGAUGUUAUCUGGGACACACUCGGAAACAAGCAAUUUUGUUCCUUCAAAAUAAGAACCAAGACUCAGAGUUUUUGCAGAAAUGAAUACAGCCUGACUGGACUGUGUAAUCGGUCGUCUUGUCCCCUGGCAAACAGUCAGUAUGCCACUAUCAAAGAAGAGAAAGGACAGUGCUACUUGUAUAUGAAGGUUAUAGAACGAGCAGCUUUUCCUAGGCGGCUCUGGGAACGGGUCCGGCUUCAUAAAAACUAUGAGAGAGCACUGGAGCAAAUAGAUGAAAAUCUAAUUUACUGGCCCCGUUUCAUUCGACACAAGUGUAAGCAGAGAUUCACCAAGAUCACCCAGUACCUAAUUCGAAUUAGAAAACUUACAUUAAAGCGACAGAGGAAGCUUGUUCCCUUGAGUAAGAAGGUGGAGCGGAGGGAAAAAAGAAGAGAGGAAAAGGCAUUAAUAGCUGCUCAGCUGGACAAUGCCAUUGAAAAGGAAUUGCUGGAGCGACUGAAACAAGAUACGUAUGGCGACAUCUACAACUUCCCCAUUCAUGCCUUCGACAAGGCCCUGGAACAGCAGGAAGCAGAGAGUGACUCUUCAGAUGCUGAGGAAAAAGAUGAUGAAGAAGAUGUGGGAAAGAGAGAGUUUGUGGAAGAUGAUGAGGUGGAUGAGAGUGACAUAAGUGAUUUUGAGGAUAUGGAUAAGCUGGAUGCCAGUAGUGAUGAAGAUCAGGAUGAUAAAUCCUCCAGUGACGAAGAAGAAAAGGCCCUUGAUGCCACACAUAAAGGCAAAACACCCUUGAAAGGACCUUUGCGGAGGAAACGAGCCUACGUAGAGAUAGAGUAUGAGCAGGAGACAGAGCCUGUGGCCAAGGCCAAAACCACAUGACUUCCCUUCAGACAUCUGCAACAGGACUGAACAUUUUCAGUAUCCUCCUUUCUUUUACCUUAACCAUGUAUAUACCUCCAGGUUUUGCUCUUUCAUACAGUAUUUCACACAAUAUUUGUGUCUUUAAUAUUUAUGCUGCUUCUGUGGGGCAAGGAAAUCUGGGAGUGGAGAAAGCCUUAAGUUGUGAACAGAGUAUUUUUAUAGUGUUGGCAUAUGUUUUGAAGUAACAGCUUGAGCCCAAGAAGCUUAACAGAUGAAUCUGUGGGUGUAAAUAUUUCUAAAUUUUAAAUGCUACCCACCUGUUUUCCUUGGUAUCCUUCUCCCCCACCCCCCCUCAACUUUAUUUAGAAAUGUUCAGAUUUCAGUUUUUUCUUACUCUCCUUUCCCUACUUCUGUGGGAAUAAAAGAAGGAAAAAGAACUAAGUUA